AUGAGAGGAAUUUGCAGCUGGAUUUUUAUUGUGGUUUUCCUACUUACUAAAGCUUAUGACGCUGAGGGUAGACCUUGCAAUUUCGGAGAUCUGGUAGAUGCAACACUUGGUUUCACUGGUUGUCCUCCUCGUCCCGAUGGAGAGGAAGAAGAAGACGAGGAGGAUGAAGAUGAAGAUGAUGAAGACGAGGACGAGGACGAGGACGAGGAGGAUGAAGACGAGGAAGAUGAAGAAGAAGAAUUUGAGGAGGAGGAGGAAGAUGGGGAAGGAGGCGAGGAGUAG